GGGUGGCCAGGAGGGUGGCAGGAGCAGAGGGGACGCUUCACCAUGGAAUAUGAAGUCAAGAAAGGGAAGAAGGGCUUUGUGUCCCCCAUCCGAAGGCUGGUGUUCCCCAAGGCCGGGCGCCGGGCGGCCUUCAGAAGCAGUGUGAGCCGCCGGCCCCUGCACUCGAUGCCCCUGUAUCCCCCUGACUACCUCAUCGACCCCCAGAUUCUGCUGUGUGACUACCUGGAGAAGGAGGUCAAGUUCUUGGGCCACCUCACCUGGGUGACUUCCUCACUGAACCCCUCCAGUCGGGACGAGCUCCUGCAGCUUCUGGACACGGCCAGGCAGCUAAAGGAGCUGCCGCUGAAGACCACGGCGGAGCAGGACAGCAUCCUGAGCUUGUCUGCCCGCUGUCUGCUGCUCACCUGGCGGGACAACGAGGAGCUCAUCCUGCGUAUCCCCACGCACGAAAUCGCCGCGGCCUCCUACCUGCAGGACGACGCGCUGCACCUGCUAGUGCUUAAGACCGGUCUGGGCGUGGACCCGGUGCCGGCCGGCGUGGACGCCAGCCCUGGGGGCGCGGGGCGAGACCCGGGCCCGCCGGGCGCGGCGCCCGAGAAGCGGCGGGUGGGCACUGCGGAGCGGCGCCACACCAUCUGCAGCCUGGACUGGCGCAUGGCGUGGGGCGGCGGCGCCGAGCCCGGCCGGGGCGGCGGCGGCGGCGGCAGCCUGGAGCGCCAGCGCGCGGGGGCGCGGGCGUCGGGCAGCUGGGAGCGCCGGCAGACGUUCAGCGGCAGCUGGGAGGCGGCGGCCCGGGCCGGCGGCGCGGCGGCGGCAGGGGCCAAGCGGCGGCCAAGCUGGGAGCGGAGGCAGGCGGGCGGCGGCGGUGGCAGCUGGGAGCGGCGCCACCCGGGCCCCAACCCGCUCGACCCUCAGGACCCCAGCCCCGAUGCCUACUGCAACCUGGUCAUCCUGGCUGUGGCCAACAGGGAUGCUGCUGAGGAGUCCUGCGCACUGAUCUGCCAGGUCUUCCAGAUCAUCUAUGGAGACCAGAGCAUUGAGUGCGUGGACCGGGCUGGCUACCACUACACGUCUACACCCGAACGGCCGUGGCUCUGCAGCCGCAGUGAGAGCUGCCGCACGGACGGGACUUACGCCUAUGACGCCGACUUCAGCUGCUGCAGCUCCUUCAAUGGCUCCCAGGACACUUUUGAAGCGUGUUAUAGCGGCACGUCCACACCCUCUUUCCAUGGCUCCCACUGCAGCAGCAGUGACCACAGUGGCCUGGGCCUCGAGCAGUUACAGGAUUACAUGGUCACGCUGCGGAGUAAGCUGGGGCCCCCCGAGAUCCAGCAGUUCGCGGUGCUGCUGCGAGAGUACCGGCUGGGGCUGCCAAUCCAGGACUACUGCGCGGGCCUGCUGAAGCUCUACGGGGACCGGCGCAAGUUCCUGCUCCUGGGCAUGCGGCCCUUCAUCCCGGACCAGGACAUCGGCUACUUCGAGGGCUUCCUGGAGGGCGUGGGCAUCCGCGAGGGCGGCAUCCUCACCGACAGCUUCGGCCGCAUCAAGCGCAGCAUGAGCUCCACGUCGGCGUCCGCCGUGCGCAGCUACGACGGCACCGCGCAGCGGCCCGAGGCGCAGACCUUCCACCGGCUGCUGGCAGACAUCACGCACGACAUAGAGGCGCUGGCCCCCGACGACGACGAUGACGACAACGACAACGACAACGAGGGCGACGAUGACGAGUCCCAGCGCUCCCGGGGAGCGGGUGACGCCGCUGAAGACAACUACCUGUAGCCGCCGCCCAUCGGGGGGAGUGGAAGGGGGUGGCCCCGCAGCCCACCUCUGGCGCUCACUCUUACCUGUGGGACCCCUUCCGCAGGGCCCCUCCUGACACCCUGGCCGGGGUCUUCACUCCCGGGGUUGCUGUCCCUGCCUCCAGGCCCGGAUCCGUGCAGUACCAAGGAUGUCCUGCAGGGGGCGGGCGAAGCCGGCCCCUCGAGUCCGGGGCGGUCGCCCGGGGCUCAGCAGGGCCCUCUGCCAGCCCGGAUUGGGCAGCGUCCCACUCCGUCCCACUAGCCCGGAGGGCUCGGGCCCAGGACCCACCCUCCUCCCCAAGGCUCCCUCGCCGCUUUCCGGAAGGGAUGACGGGUGGGCUCCACCUGCUGGCCGACUGAGAAAAGAAUUUCCAGAACCCAGAAGCGUCUGUUGGUCCUAUUUUACAGAGCGGGAAACUGAGGUUCAAAAAGAGGGGAAGGGACUUGAGGGGAUCCCCUGAUUCUUGAGAUAAUUCUUAUAUUACCUCAAAUAGACCGUACUAAACAGUGUAGAAGUUCUUUUUAAGGUCCCCUCUCCUGAGAGCAGGAGUUGCCUCCUCAGUGCAGAGAGAGGUUUCCAUUCCCUGAGGUUUGACUCGGUGGGUGAUCUGGCUCUCGUUUGGAGUCCUAAGGCCCUAAACAACUUGCUUGUUCAGGUCUUGGAUCUGGAGCCCGAUUUGGAUUUGGGAUCUUGGAUUUGGAGCCAGACAGACUCAGGCUCUUAUCUGGUUAGUGUCCUAGCCUCCCAUUUCCUCAUCCUCCCUGUGGGGUCAGCCCAUCUACCUCCCAGGGUGGCCGUGGAGAGUAAUGAAAGCCAAGACCUUAGUUUGGGGUUUAGCCCAUGAUAGGCACUCAAUAAAUGACAUUCCUUGCCACUUCAAACACUUUCUGAUCGGUUUUCCUGUCUUUCCUGGAUGCGAUGGGAUGACAACUGGGGGUGGGGGGUGUUAAGAAGACCCUCAUGCAGCUCAGUUCAGGAAGAAGAUACAGGACUUGCCCUUUGAAGCUCAAUUACAGUCUGGCUUUGUGUGCAAGGCCCAAAUGAGAAAUACCCAGGACUCCACAGCCAUCUGUGGGUCUGGGGUAGUCAAAUCUGACGGCAGGUUGGAGAGGUAGGGAGGUCAGGAUCGGCACAGCACUGGACAUCCUCUGAGUAAAGACUUGGCAGCUAAGAGGAACGAGGCUGGAGAGGAGGCCAGACACUCAUGUAGAAGAGCUCAAAUUUAUGUACAAAACUGUGCAAAGCUUUCCACAGCCUGGUAUAUGGUACUUACCAUGAGAUAGGUACUGUUAUCCAUUUUCACGUAAUACUAUUAGGACUUCACAUCCAGAGAGUUCCAUGAUUAAUACUACGUUUGUGGCAAGUGAUCAUCCUAUCAUUAUUGGUCUAGGCAAGGCCAUUCUGAUGUUUUGUUUUAUUUUAUUCUCCCCUCCCAAUCCACACAUUCCCCACAUUUCUUCCCUCUCCCCACCCUGAGCACCCACCUGUACGUGCUGAUGUGUAUCCCUGGACAUAAAUACACAAUGCUUUGUGUGGCUAUUUA